CAAAGCCCAUAAAGUAAAGAGAACUGGGGAUUGAUCAGGCCCAGUGAAUCAUAUCUGAUGUCUGAAUUUUAAAGUAUUCAACAUAGCGAUCCUUGAUCAAAUCCGUCGUCUUCUCUCUUGUCUCCAGAUUCGCGGAAGGCUGAAGCAGAAAACAGAUUUUGAGUGAUUGAAGAAAAUAUGGAAUCGAGCAGUAACCAUGGAGGGAUCCAGCAACUGCUUGCUGCUGAACAAGAAGCUCAGCAAAUUGUCAAUGCCGCUAGGACCGCUAAAAUGGCAAGGCUGAAGCAAGCCAAGGAAGAGGCUGAAACAGAGGUUGCUGACCACAAAACCAGCACCGAGCAUGGUUUCCAGAUGAAACUCGAAGCGACCAGUGGAGACUCGGGUGCAAACGUGAAGAGGCUUGAGCAAGAGACUGAUGCCAAGAUCGAGCAGUUGAAAAACGAAGCUUCCAGGAUUUCCAGAGAUGUUGUGGACAUGCUUCUCAAACAUGUCACCACUGUGAACAACUAGUAUCACAACCAAACCAUCAACUGCAAAAUGGUGUCAAGUGUUAUUUUGAGUUGAUUCGUUCAUUCCAUUCUUUCUAGUGUUUUUUUUUUGUGGGUUCUGAGAUUGAACUCUUGCUAUUGGUUUCUCCAAUACACGUAUAUGACUUUUGUGUUUGUGAUAAAAAUUAAAACAAAGGAACCCGUUGGAUUUUUUUUUU